CUUUGUAAAUAAGAGUAAACGCUGUCUAAGGAGUCGCUCGAGUGCGCAGAGAACAUUGAGUAGAGGUGUUUUCAACACUUUUUGAGACUUGAACGGUGAGUUAGGCACUUUAUCCAGGUGGACAGAAACUCCUGAGCGAUGGUCGAGGUGUUUUCAGGCCGGACUCUGGUGAAUAAAGAAGGAGAUCUGGUGGAUCCAGAGCAAGCGCUCCGGAAUAAAGUGGUGGGGCUGUAUUUCUCGGCUGGAUGGUGUCCUCCGUGUCGAGACUUCACCCCGCUGCUGUGUGAUUUCUACACCGAGCUGGUGGAGGAAAGCGAGCCUCCUGCCCAGUUUGAGAUCGUCUUCAUAUCCUCGGAUAAAUGCACAGAAGACAUGGUGGAGUAUUAUCAUGACAUGCACGGGGACUGGCUGGCUCUGCCCUGGACGGAUCCAUACAAACACGAACUCAAGAAGAGAUACAACAUCACAGCCUUACCGAAGCUGGUCAUCGUGAAGGAGAACGGUCAGGUGAUCACCGACAAAGGCCGAAAGCAGAUCCGGGACCAGGGUCUGGCGUGUUUCCGGAGCUGGCUGGAGGUGGCCGAGAUCUUCCAGAACUUUAAAGGCUGAGAAUCACGUGGAGCUUCCAACGAAUUCACAAGAGCUGCUGAAACCAACACUGAAAAGAGCCAGAACAGUCUUAUGCAAUUGUGUGCGAGAGCUUUAAACGUGUCUUUUCAGGUCAACAACCCACAAAACUAGUCAAAAGUUACUUAAUGCAGUUUUAAUAUCGUUUUAUAAUGUGGUAGUCAGCAGAUGUGUCCAAACUUUUGACUGGGGGUGUCUUUUAAAGGAAUAGUUCACCAACAAAAAAAAGCUGAACAUUUACACAACCUCAGGCAAUCCAAGAUGUAGAUGAGUUAGUUUCUUCAUCAGAUUUGGAGAAAUGUAGCAUUGCAUCAGUGUCUCAGCAAUGGAUGCUCUGCAGUGAAUGGGUGCCGUCAGAAUGAGAGUCCAAACAGCUGAUAAAAACAUCACAAUAAUCCACAGCACUCCAGUUCAUCAGUUCACAUCUUGUGAAGGGAAAAGAUGUGUGUUUGUAAGAAACAAAUCUAUCAUUAAGAUGUUUUUAACUUCAAGUUUUUGCUUCUGGCUAAAAUUAAAAGUCCAUAAUCAAUAAUAACACUUCCUCCAAUGAUAAUGUCCAUCUUCUGUUGUCUUUCACAUGAAAAUCUAGCCACAUAUUUGUUUGGAGCUGUUUUGGCUUGUAAACAGUGCUUGAUCUGAGCAGAUUUCUCUCAGACCAUUUUUCACUGGAGGAAGCGUUAUUAUGGAUAGUGGACUCAUAUUUUAGCUAAUAUUUUAGGUUAAAAGUUCUAAAUGAUGGAUUUAUUUCAGCUUUUGUCUUCUCCGUGUGAACUGAUGAACUGGAGUGCUGUGGAUUAUUGUGAUGUGUUUAUCAGCUGUUUGGACUCUCAUUCUGACGGCACCCAUU